GCUUCGACUCCGCUCGGUAUAUUUUCAUCACACAGUCCAUCAGAGCGCAGGCAGAUGCAAACUGGACCCUGCUGAAGCGAGAACGGGCUGGACGCAGCGGGACCUGAACGGGACGGUGCGACGGGCCGGACCAGGACGGCGCAGGGGUACCGGGAUCGGACCAGGACGGCACUGUGGGACCCGGACCUGACCGGGACGGUUAGGUUGGAUCAGGACUACGAGGUUUAAGCAGAGGCUGUAUCUUGGUUACGGAGCUGGGUUGGAGUGCACUUCUGCCAGGCGCCUGCAGCUCCAGCUGCGUGCCGCUGAGCCGGAUACGGAACCAUGUACCCGGUCCAGGGGAGGGGCCAAAGGGCAGUUGCCAUGGUGCUGAAGGAGCUUCCUGGUAGAAAGGCGUCCUCUGAAGGGAACCCCCUCGCCACUGUGACAACAAAGCUGGUGGGUGAGCAGCAGGAAAGUCGGCCCCUACUGAGCCCCUCCAUCGACGACUUCCUGUCUGAGAGUCGGAGUGAGUCUGCCUCCACCCGACCCCCCACCUCCAACACUGCAGUUCUGUCCACAGCUCUGGACUUGGUGGACCUCAGUGACCCAGGUGAGAGCAUCAGGAAGGACAGCAGGAGAAGUCCUCUGAGGAGAAAGGGCAGCUCUAAAAGUCCUCGACGCCGGGCGCGAGCAGACGAGACGGAGCUGGUUCAGGUGGAGGGGGAGCACCUGCCUGCCAGCCCAACACCUGAGAAGGUUUCUCUGGAUUCAGUGAGCCUUUUCUCUCCUCUGGACAAAUGGGACAAGGUACACAUGGGCAUGGAGGAUGGAGGACGCAGGAGGAGAUACGAGAAGAGAUGCACCUCCCACCACUCAUCCAGCGAGCUGCUGUGGUCUGCAGAGUUUAAGACGGAUCAUCUGAUGAAAAGCAACUUUGACUUCCACAGCUUCGAUGAUCUGGAGUUCACGUCUUCUGCACAGGAUUGUGGCGCCUCCACACAGCGCCGGAGGACGCGCUCUCUCCUGCUCAGACACGAGUCUCAGGAGGAUGAAUUUGUGCGGGCAAAGGCUGCGGUGGAGUCGGACACAGAGUUCUGGGAUAAGAUGCAGGCCGAGUGGGAGGAGCUUGCUCGGAGAAACUGGCUGGAGGAGUCUGAGGCUCAGAAACCGGCCCCGCCUACUGCCUCACCUGUGGAGAAGAGUUACUACUUCAGUACCAACAACCCAUACAAAGACUCGGCCAAUGUCUUCACUGAGGGUCAGGAGAAAGCUCGAGAGGGAGACCUAAACACAGCAGUGCUGCUGCUGGAGGCUGCCAUCCUGCAGGACCCGCAGGAUGCAGAGGCCUGGCAGCUGUUGGGGAUGACACAGGCUGAGAAUGAGAAUGAGCAGGCUGCUAUUGUGUCCCUGCAGAGGUGUCUGGAGCUCCGCCCCAACAACCUGCCUGCCCUGAUGGCGCUGGCAGCAAGCUUCACCAACAGCGGCAUGCAGCGUGAGGCGUGUGACGCGCUGCGGCGAUGGAUCAAGCACAACCCACGCUACCGACACCUGGACAUGGACAGGUGGAGCUCGCAGCGCAACUCUCCAGCUGGCACGCCACACAGGAGCCCCCAGUGCUGCUCACCUGCCAGGGGGGAGCUGCAGGAAGUGCUGUUCCUCUUUCAGGAAGCAGCUCUGCUGAAUCUGGACUCAGUGGAUCCGGACCUGCAGACUGGACUGGGAAUCCUCUACAACCUGAGCUCAGACUUUGAGAAGGCGGUGGGGGCCUUCAGUGCGGCACUAACCGUCAGACCACAGGAUUACCUGCUGUGGAACCGGCUGGGGGCGACGUUGGCAAACGGAAACCGCAGCGAGGAGGCGGUGGAGGCGUACACCCGAGCCCUAGAGCUGCAGCCCGGAUUCAUCCGCUCCCGAUACAAUCUGGGAAUCACCUGCAUCAACCUGGGAGCGCACAGGGAGGCAGUCAGUAAUUUCCUGACAGCUCUGAACCAGCAGAGGCGGAGUCAGAGCUGCAGCCAUCAGCAGAUGUCGGCCAACAUCUGGGCCGCUUUGCGCAUCGCCAUCUCCAUGAUGGACCAGCCCGAGCUUUUCCAGGCUGCCAGCACGGGUGACCUGGACCUGCUGAUUAGGGCGUUCCACGGGGGGGACGUGUGACCCGCCCCCCACAAGAAACCACUCAGUGAAGCCAAAGAGAUGAGACGGCGCAGGAUUGUCACGUCAAACCCUUUAUAAACCCCCCAGUGCUUCUGCUGCCCCUCUGCUUUUUAAAGCCAUUCAAGCCCCCAACCUGCUGCCCCGCCCUGCUGUGUUGUUGGUGGGCCGACACCAUCCUUACCUUCAGAGCUCCUCAGAUCCUCUUUGGUUCCUCAGCAGUUGCUCCUCCCCUUAGGUGACCUCCUGCCAUCGGGGUUUAUGCAGGUUUAUCUGUUUACUGAGAGAAACGCAGAAAAAACUAAAAACUGAUUCAGGACAGUUUUCAUUUGGGAUAAAAUACAACAAAUCUGUAGUUAUUUAGAAAUGUGAGGUGAUUAAACGGUAUGACAGGAAGUUAUCUGAGGUCAGUUAUCUUAAAUAGUUGAUCCAGACCUCAUCUGAUGCUCCUGCAGGAACCAGUUUCUCCUAACAGCUGCUGCUUUGCCUCUGUCUGUCAGCUGGUUUCAGUGCUACUCCACAUGGAGAAUGUGUCUGCAGAGAGAAGGGUCCCCAAAUGUCUUCAUAGUGAUAGAUAGAUGGAUGGAUGGUUGAUUGAUAGGAUGGAUAAUUCUACACAGCUCAAGAAGGUCCAACAAAGUCCUGGUGACUGUCCACAUGUCCAGAAGAGGGCUCUGUCACUCAAAGCUUUCUGAUUCGUGACUAUAAAGUGUAUUAGCCUCUUCUGGCUAAAGUAGCUUCCAUCUUUCAUUCCUGGUUCAUGGCUUGUGUUUUUGUUUUCCUCUGUAAAUGAUGGAGUGAUGUGUCAGAUUGUAUGCGAAUGUGAAUCCAUGAGAGAAGGUGUAAGUUAUAGGCAUGCAGGACUUUCAUGAAGCAGCAGGGACUAGAAGUGUGAGGCUCCAGAAAUUGCUCAGGAUGAAGGCUGCACACCAUCAUCAUCAGUACUGCAGCUGACCUUGUUUGUGGAAAAAAGCCGUAAAUGUCACAUGAUUUCUCAUUAAUGAGCACAUUUUCAUAGCAACCGCAGGAAUGUGACAUCACAUCUGUCUCUUCUUUCAUCACUUCCUGUUAUCCCAAAGCUGCUUUUAUUUUGAAAAAACUGUGUUGUACUAAAGCUUUUCAUAUGUACGGCACAUAUUAAUCCUUCAUUAUAGCCAACGUUCUGUAUGUGCAUGCAGAUAUUUAACCUUUAGAUUCAGUCUUUACUGAAGCACAUUAAAGCAGGAACUCCUCGGAGUUGCUGUUAGGCAUAGAGGCGGAGGUAUAAUGAUGUGGAACUCUUUUAGUGCUGUUCAAACAGGAGCAUGUUUCACAACUAUUGACAAGGACAAGGCGAUCACCUGCAUUUUUUGCAUGAAGAGGAGGAAGAACAUGCUGGUUCAGCGGCACCCCCCUCCCUAUAAAGCCAUAAACCUCCAGUGGAGGACUGAAUGAAGAAGCUCAGGAGCAGAAUCCACAAAGACUCAGCAUUGGCCCCUGUAUUUUUGGUUUGAUUGUUUCUUGAAGGGUUCAGCUAGACUUGUCUCUCCACAUCUCCCCUUGAACUGUGGGGGUCAGGCAAAGCCCCCCCCCCCAUCACUAAAGAGAGCGACCACCUCACUGUCCGCUCUUCAUCUUUGCUGCUCUUCCUCACAUCCUUGAACUUGGAAUGAUCAAAUGUAAUCUAAUGUUUUACAGAUUAAACUGUUAAACGUGA